UUUAAUAAGUCGAUGAACCCACUCACGGGGAUAUUCCAAAUUUACCCUCCAUCACAUAGCGUCCCACACAAGCUUUCUUCAUUCAUCUUACAAACAAAAACCGCCUUAUUUUCCGAUCACCGGAAACUUCUUCCGGUGAUCACACUCACCGUCACACAAACCAUGAGCUCACCGGAGCAGAUAGAUUUCUUGAAGAGGACUUCUUUUGUAUACCUAUUACUCCGAUCCUCUAUUGCUUUUCUAUUUGUAGUUUUCUCCCUUUUAGUUGUGUUUACGGUUGUUUUUUUAGCGUUGUUCAUCUCGAUUUCGUAUCCGUUUUAUGCCCCCUCUCGGUGCAAGAUAGUCUCCAGCAGUGUAGAUAUUAGGUCAGCAAAAGUCUGCGAACUUGGACUGCUGAAUCAUACACUGAAACAUGUAUUUUACCCGUCUGCAAAGAAGAAAUUCCGAUGCCGCUAUGAUUAUUACUGGGCUUCUGUAUUUGAGGUAGAAUAUACAGACCGCUCUGGUUAUUCUCAUACUGCAUUUGCAGAAGCUCCCAGUGAGGCCCUACCACAUGAUUGCAGACCCACUUUUGAUGCUGCAUGGAUGGCUAAAGAUACAUUCCAGGUGAAUGAAACUUAUGAUUGCUGGUAUGCCCUGGGCAUUUCAAAACUAAACUUGUAUUAUGAUGAGUUUUUUGAUUGCCAAUCUGACCAUCCAUCAACGACGGAAAUGCUUGAGCGCUAUCUUAUUAUGUCCACGGAGAUGUUAAUGUCCUGGUUUACUCAUAUACGUCAAGGGGAGCUCAUGUAUUUGAGUUUGGAAGUCAUUGAUGGAGCAGCUACGGGAAUUUUAGUCUCGUUGAUCCCGAUGGCAUUGAGUAGAAUGCUUUAUCUACUCAAAUCUCAUAUUGAUAACAUGGGUUGGGGCCGUUGGGCAAGGGAUGCCGAUCUGGUUCGUUUGAAACAAGCUUGUUUUGUAGCAUGUUUUUGUUUUGUGAGUUGGUUAGCACUUCAGUAUCGGAGAUACAGUCUCUUGGACAUCAUUCGUGCUCUUACAUAGAAGAAAGUUGUAUACGCAACACUUGUUUUUGUAGAAGUGCUAGUUUUUAACAAAAAAAAAAUAAAUGCAGUUCUCACUUCGCAUAUA